AUGACAGCGACUCUCGUUUGUCGGCUACAUGUACUCGUGACCCUCCUCAGCUAUGUUCACGGUCUGAGCGUAGUCAUUGCAGGAGGGACAGGGCGGGUUGGAAAAGUCAUCUUGCCGCUAUUGUCAAACCAUGACGUAAGUGUUCUUACACGGAAUUCGUUCUUAGCCUCGGCUCCAAACCGGGUCACGGAAGACUUUGGAUACCUCGGAAAGACGUUUUUGGAAAAGAAUCCGCAUGUAAAACUUCGUGACUGGGACGGUGGUGAUCUUCUAGACAUCGUAGGGCAAGAUUGGGUGGGCUGGUCCGAUGAUGUUUUGAAGAAGGCUGACGUAAUAGUUCAUAUGGUAGGAGGGUACACCGAGCAACGCACCAAGGCAGCAGAAAGGCUUGUCCAAGAGUCAUAUCGCUUGAAGUCAGAAGCUCUACAUAUCACUGUGAAUCCAGUGGAGGCAGACAUCCCUCUAUUGACGCCUGGAAUGGUCACGCUAAAGACGAAAAGGAUUCAAGACUGUGAAAACAUCGUCAAAGAUAAUUGUGCCAACACCGCCUGCCUGCGGCUUGAGGCAUACAAGACGGAUGAGCUGUGCGACGAAAUACGCAAGACAAUAGACGAUUGGGGCCCGUAA